CAGGUUGUAGUCGUCAGCGCGCGCGUCCACUUUCCGUCGCGCGCGCUUCAUCUUCCACUUGGCGUAAUUGCUGUGCUCGUUGUCACGGGUUUGCAGAGGCAAAAAAGACUACCGGUGCGCGCGGCAGGUCAGCAAUGGUCAGAGGCUCAGAACUGAAGGUGGACAUCUGAGACAAUACCAGACAGUAGGCUCAGCUGGGGCAUGCGCAUCACUGGAAGGCGGGUAGUGGUGGCAGCUAGCUGCUUGGCUGCUCUUUUCCUCUUGGCUCACUUGUGCCAGCAUGCUCUUGACUGUCAGGAGAGAUACAGGCCUCCGGCAGUGAUGAAACCUGAACAGAAUGGCAUCUCACUCAUGGACUGGCAGCAUGUUGAAUACCAUUACAGUAAGGACAUGCCACUUAUUUUUGUGGGUGGAGUUCCUCGUAGUGGCACAACUUUAAUGAGAGCUAUGUUGGAUGCACACCCUGAAAUCCGGUGUGGUGAGGAGACCCGCAUCAUUCCACGUAUACUAGCUAUGAGGCAUUCAUGGAGCAAAUCAGAAAGAGAGAAGAUGCGCCUUGAUGAGGCAGGAGUUACUGAUGAGGUCUUGGACUCUGCAGUGCAGUCCUUUAUCUUAGAAGUGAUAGCCAGACAUGGAGAACCAGCUAAAUUUCUGUGCAACAAAGACCCGUUCACACUUAAGUCAUCACUCUACCUCUCCCACCUUUUCCCUAAUUCCAAAUUUUUGCUUAUGAUUCGGGAUGGAAGAGCAUCUGUUUACUCAAUGAUCAGCCGAAAAGUAACUAUUGCCGGAUUUGAUCUAAAUAGUUAUAGGGACUGCCUCACCAAAUGGAACAAAGCAGUUGAAACCAUGUACACUCAGUGUCUUCAGGUUGGGCCUUCUAGAUGUAAGCCAGUUUUCUAUGAGCAGCUGGUUUUGCACCCACGUAACUCCAUGAAGGACAUUAUGGACUUUUUGGGCAUUCCCUGGAAUGAAGCUGUGCUACACCAUGAAGAGGCCAUUGGUAAACCUGGUGGUGUCUCUUUAUCCAAGAUUGAAAGGUCUACAGACCAAGUGAUCAAACCAGUUAAUCUUGAAGCUUUGUCAAAAUGGGUUGGACACAUUCCAACAGAUGUGAUUCAUGAUAUGGCACAUAUAGCACCUAUGCUAAGCCAGCUCGGCUAUGAUCCUUAUGCCAACCCUCCAAACUAUGGCAACCCGGACCCAGCAGUUGUCAAUAACACUCAGCGGGUAAUGAAAGGAGAUUUUAAAAACCCACCAUACUUGAAAAGAUCUCAUCAGGUGCAGCAGAACAUAUCAGUAUCUCACAGUUGAAACAUUGCUGUAAUGGUGCUGCAGCUAGCCAUGUUAGAGCCAAUAAAUCCUGCGAGACAGCCCCACCACACCAUCUAGAGCGAUGCCUGGAUUGUGUGUAUUUACAUAACCUGUAUGCUUUUGCAUAUGAUGCCACUAAAUACCUUUGGUUUUACUUUUUAUCCUCAAGUGCACAUUGGAACUCUUCAAAAAAAAAAUGCAUGGCUCUCUGCGCAACCUGCUACUGAUUUAAAUAGAGAGGCCUGUUCAAAUACAACAUAUGGAAGAGGACUUGUGAAAAAAGGGACAGAAAAGUAGACCCCCUGCCAAUUAAGCAGUCCCCUUUGAGAAGUGUCCAGGAAUGUUUGGUGUUCUUCAAGAUUUGGAAUCUCCUGCAGUUUCUUGCAAGCCACUUUAGGGAGCCAAAAUGAUGAGCGUAUUCCUCAUACCUUCAAAGAGACGGUCACUUAGAGGCUUUGGGGUCUGAAAGUCUGGAGAAUGUUUGGCUUUGAGAUACAGUGACAGCACGUUGAAGCCAAACACAAAGAAUGGACCUCUAUGGAAAACCCCAGCAUUAAUCUGUUCCACAGUAGAGGAAUGCCUACUGAAAGAUCUUUGUCUUCAAACCUUGGUGUGUGCCCGUCAGUGUUAAACAGCACUAGAGUUUUACAAAAGCUGUCAGAUGCUGAACUUGGGGGUCACUGGCACAGUCUCGGGAGUGACUGGACUUAACACGUUACUUCUGCAGCCAAUUGGGCAGUUGGGUUCUUUCCCAUAGAUAUCUGUGGUUUGGGAACACUGGGUGUUAAGAAUUUUAUAAGAAGAAAAAUAUUUGAAACGUUUAUUCUGUUUUAUUUCAUUUAAUUGUUUUUAAUCUACGGGUAAAAUUAACUAAUUGUGCCAUAAUUAUUAUUUGUUACACUGAAAUGUUUGUACAUUUUAAUUGUACUGUAUAUUCUAAUUAUAUUUCUGUGCAGUAAAAGUGCAUUUUUUAUGAGAAAGUGAAAAUAUAUUUUGAUAUAAAUAUGUGAAUUACAGUACUGUAUUAAGAAGAAUCUACCUGUACAUAAUAUGUAUUUUACUUUAGAUCAAUGCAUUGAUUAAAUUAUGAUUGUGCCUUGAAUUUUGCUUAUUUUUUAAAUCCCAAAACAUUUAAUAAAGUAAUGCUUGCACUAGGCGGGCUCACUUGAUGGUCA